CACCACCCAUCUCCGCUAUCCUGGUCAAUCCCUGUGCUCCAUCGCCACCCCUCAUCACCAAUGAUAUGGUACUAAUUCCAGCGCCGUUACAUCAAGCGUCGUAGCAGCCUUCUCAUGCUCGCACGCCAAUGUGGCCGCCAUGGCCGCCGUCCACUCACAGGCCUUCGGCAUCGACCUCUCACAUCAAGAUUUGAAAAUUCUUUGUACGGUGGUUCACCGAGCACGGGCAACUCUUCAUCAAUCUGGAUCACGGAUGAGGCGCUUCGGUGGGCCUUUUUGUCUUUUGCAAGAACGUUUUCACAAUCACCGCAGACAUCAGAGAGACUCCAGGCUGAGCUAAGAAAGGAGAGGCGGUGGGCGGAGGAAUCGAAAUCUAGGUCGUCAUUGCCGCCGUCGGGGGUGUCAACGCACGGAUGGGGCGAUGUCCCACCGACUUUCAGCUGGAGUUUAAGUCGAUAUAAGGAUCGAACGCCAUCGCUGGAUGAUCCAUUUAUGUCGGCUUUCCGCACUCGGGUGACUCCUCCUUCAGCUAUGAAUCGGCCGACGCGGCCGAAAGGCUCGCACUACCAACCGCCACGUCCCGACGGCGCUUUCUUCAAUUCCAUACUCGAACCAUUCACAGCUAUUUUCUCCCCGUUUAGUGCAUUACCGCCGGAGGCCCCUUGUGCUCCGUUUAGUACUGUGCAGGAGUCAUUUGAAUUGUUGGAUGCUCGUAUUUUGGCUGGAAAAUCGACAAGUACGGCUAUUAAGGAAUACAAAACACUCAAAACUAUCGAACCUGGCUUACGGCUUACUGGCCCCGCUGUCAUCGUGUUGUUGCGGAACCUGUUGAAGCUAGGAGUACCUACGCCAAUUUUGGAAGUCCUAGAGAUGGAGAACUUAAUGGUUGAUGAGGGCAUAAGGCUAUUGAGGGUUGCCAUGGAAGGACUUAGCUUGGAACAAAGACGAAGAGUUGCCGGAAGACUCCUCGAAGCUGAGGGGCAUCUGCACCGGAAGCGAUUUAGAACCAUAUUGUCGGAGGAGAUCAAGUCCUUUGAGACCGAAGAGGUUAUCGUGAGGAAUGGUAGCGAAUAUGUCAAAGACAUCAAGAAGGCGCAGAGCCGCAACGAAAUGCGCAAGCUCCUCGACGAAAUAGUCUUAACAAAGGUAGCCAUCACAAGAAGGACAAGCCAACUUAUCGCCUCUCGGCUCGUUGAUCUCAACGAACUUGGUUUGGGUGUUUCCUAUGCUCUAGAGCCCCUCAUAAACAUUUCUCAGAGCAACUUUAUUGCAACGAUCUGCGAUGCUCUCUGCGACGCAAAUCAAUAUGGCAGAGGUUACGAACUCAUAAUGAAGGCCCUCAAAACCGGGAAAUAUGGUCUCCUCUCAGAUCUGGACAUGAAGCGUGGCGUGCGAACGAUUGACACCAUGUCCCAGCCCCAUCUCCAGCUCUACAAUCUCUGGGAUGCGAUGAAGUCUUCCUCAUCCAUAUAUCCACGCGACCUCUCCUACAACACUUACGCCGCCUUCCUCGGCCGUGCUACGAAGCUACGAUUUGGCCUGCGAGGUAGUCUUAGAGAAGGAGGAGGCGAAACCCCACUACUAACCAUGUCAAUCGAGAUAAUUGUCCGUUUCACAGAUCAAGAAAAAAAGAUGGCCCGGGGUCUCAUAAGCUCUAUGCUUGAAGCCUGGAUAUGGUCUUGGGGCAGUACAUGCUCGAAAAAGCCCGAUUUUCAAAUCCUCGAAGACAGCAUCCCCUUCAUGGCGCCACUGUUCAACAUCCUCCCGCCCGAAUCCCGCGACCCGGCAAUUCUCAUGGCCGUCGAGCGGACAACAACCAACUGCAUUAGGAGCGGCCGCGAGGUCUGGCCCCGGGGGAUAAUCUGGCCAUUCGUAUCAACAUUAGCGCAGGCAAAGAUCUGGCAAGAGGAAGAGAGCAUUGGCCUUUGGGCCACGGAGCGGGUACUACUUCGCAAGCGUCUAGCACCAACAUACCUCCGCUACCGCACUGACGCCGAAAUCGCGCGGUUCGUCGCAAGACAUUACCUUCCGCUGCGAUUGGGCCUGACAGGACCAAAGCGCACGACGCGGCAAACGGGGGACGCGGAGCGACUCAUGGUACGCAUGCGCUCGCUGGAGCGCGGCGCCGCUAGCUUCCCAAGCCUGAGCGUCUUCGCCCUCGCAAUCCUGGCGUUCAAAGACACGUGCAUCUCCUCUACCACCCUCCUCAUCGACAUGUUGUACACCCUCCACCGUCUCCAUCGAUACGCCGAAAUCCCCCCACUCCUAGCCUCCCUAAAAUUCUACAACAUCUCGCCCCCGCGCUCCGAUAUCGCACGGCUAAUCCGCCUACUGACGAGAGCCCAUCCAACCUCCGCACUAGAACUCCUCCAGAUAUACCCAGACACCCAAUACUCCGUUUUCGCACAAUUCAUCGUGCGGACCGCAACCCUGCACCCGGACCUCGCGCUGCGGGCAUACCAACUCCUGACACCGCCAACACUGCACUACUUCUCGCGCUUCCAGCCGAAGAUCCCGGGCCGCAGGCUUCCCGGCAGGAAGCUGCUAGUCGCGAUGGGGUGGAACUUUGCGAAUUCACCGGUUCUAUCGCCGAGGCAGUGUCUUCGCUACGCGCAGAGGUGCUUGAGGGCGAUGUUGGUGCUGGGAUUUGAUCCUGGGCCGAGGAUGGGGUGGGCUAUUGCCGUCGCCGGUGUCGAGAGGGCGAUCCACGCGGAGAUUCCGGUGAGGAGGGAAUGGGAGCGGAUGAAGUGGGUGCUGGAGACUGUCAGGAGGAAUGCAGGGCCCAAGAGGGCGAGGGAGGUAGAUCUUAUAUUGAGCAGAUGGGAGAAGAAUGUUUGGAAUGGUAGUGUAAGUAGGAGGGGGGGGCAGUGAUUGCCGGUGUAUAUGAUCCAGGGGCGAUAUUUCGGGUAAUUCGCUUCCCAUCCCUCACCUUUUUCGUCGAUCGGGCGAGUGUAAAUAGCAAUAGCAGUGUGGAUGCAUGUGUGA